AUGGACAAUAACAGCACCAUGCUUGAUGAUCGACUUUCUGUGGACCAGGGCACGGAGUUGACUAGGGCCGUGCGCAGUGGCGAUUAUGACCUCACCAAAAAGCUGGUAGCGGACGGCGCAUCUCUAGACGCCAAGCAUCACCACGAAACGCCUCUAGAUACUGCUUCGAGAGAUGGAAAUACAGAGAUCGUGGAAGCUCUCCUAGCCGCCGGUGCGGACGCCAGCCUUCGACGAGGUGGAGUUUUCUCAGCCCUCCAGCUGGCCGCCGCGAACGGCCAUGCGCUCGUCUUGUCUGCAUUGAUCAGACACGGGGUUGACGUCAACGAAUGGCACCGAGAAUCCGGAAUUAAUUACAGCCCUUCACAUGGCCGCGAAAACAUCCAGCCAGAGGCAAUCGCCAUUCUCGUAGGGGCUGGGGCCAGCACGCAUGAAAGGGACGCAGGCGGUGGUACAUCUCUUCACGAUGCUUCCGACGAUUUGAGUCUUGAAGCUGCCGUCGCUUUGCUCAAGCGCGGAGCGGACAUCAACGCUCUGCUCGUGAUAAGUAUGGAUGCAUCCCACUGCACAGAGCAGCAGAUAACUUAA